GUAGCGGGGAGGGGAGUGCGGGGCGCGGAUUGAGGCCACUAUUUAACGAGCCGCCGGCCGCGCAGCGACCUGUUGUGAUCCCGUCAUGGCGCGCUACGCCCGUGUCACUACUUUGGCCGCGUGUCUCUUGAUCGUCUGCGAGGUUGCCCAGGGGCACCGUUGGCGGCGGCAAGCUGACGACACAGCCAAGAAAGACGAGAGCCUGGAGCAAGAGCUGUGCAAGGACAAGGACGCGGGCGAGUGGUUCCGUCUGGUGUCCGGCGAGGGCGACAACUGUCGCGACGUCAUCCAGUGCACCGCCUCGGGUAUACAAGCCAUCCGAUGUCCCGCGGGUUUAUUCUUCGAUAUUGAAAAACAAACUUGUGAUUGGAAAGAAGCCGUAAAGAACUGCAAGCUGAAGAACAAAGAACGCAAGGUGAAGCCCCUCCUGUAUACAGAGGAGCCCCUGUGCCAGGAUGGUUUCUUAGCUUGUGGCGACUCCAACUGUAUAGAGCGAGGACUUUUCUGUAACGGAGAAAAAGACUGCGCCGAUGGUUCAGAUGAAAACUCCUGUGAUAUCGACAACGAUCCCAACAGAGCCCCACCUUGCGACCCGUCGCAGUGUGUGUUGCCCGACUGUUUCUGUUCAGAAGACGGCACAGUGAUCCCUGGUGACUUGCCAAUCAAGGAUGUACCUCAAAUGAUCACAAUCACUUUCGAUGACGCGAUUAACAACAACAACAUUGAACUGUACAAAGAGAUCUUUAAUGGAAAACGUAAAAACCCCAACGGUUGCGAUAUCAAGGCCACCUUCUUCGUAUCUCACAAGUACAGCAACUACUCAGCCGUACAAGAAACACACAGGAAAGGACACGAAAUUGCAGUUCACUCUAUCACACACAACGAUGAUGAACAGUUCUGGAGCAAUGCCACCGUCGACGACUGGGGUAGAGAGAUGGCUGGUAUGAGAGUCAUCAUCGAGAAGUACGCCAACAUCACCGACAACAGCGUCGUAGGUGUCCGCGCUCCCUAUCUCCGUGUCGGAGGCAACAACCAGUUCACCAUGAUGGAAGAACAAGCGUUCUUAUACGACAGUACCAUUACCGCUCCCCUUUCCAAUCCGCCGCUGUGGCCUUACACGAUGUACUUCCGCAUGCCACACCGUUGUCAUGGUAACCUUCAGAGCUGUCCAACCAGAAGUCACGCCGUUUGGGAAAUGGUAAUGAACGAGCUCGACCGUCGUGAAGACCCCACCAAUGACGAGUACUUACCUGGUUGCGCUAUGGUUGACUCUUGCUCGAACAUUCUUACUGGAGACCAAUUCUACAAUUUCCUUAACCACAACUUCGACCGCCAUUACGACCAAAACCGAGCUCCUCUUGGCCUAUACUUCCACGCUGCUUGGUUGAAGAAUAAUCCUGAAUUUUUAGAAGCUUUCCUGUACUGGAUCGAUGAAAUCCUCUCCACACACAAUGAUGUAUACUUUGUUACGAUGACUCAAGUAAUUCAGUGGAUCCAGAACCCACGCUCAAUCUCAGAUGCGAAGAACUUUGAGCCGUGGAGGGAGAGGUGCGCAGUCGAAGGCCAACCAGCCUGCUGGGUGCCCCACUCGUGCAAGCUUACAUCGAAGGAGGUUCCCGGGGAAACCAUCAACCUACAGACGUGCGUCAGGUGUCCACUCAAUUACCCAUGGUUGAACGACCCCUCGGGUGACGGCCGUUACUGAAUAAGAUCUCGCACCAAAGGUGGUGCAAAUAGUCGAUAAAAUAAUUACAUUUGACGAGUUGCAUGGACAUCGUUCGUGUUCGAAAAUUUAAUAUGUAUUUGUUAUCAGGGUCGAAGUGUAAUUCGUAGCCAUCAUGACAUGAAUUAGUGUCCUUGUAAGAUAUAUGUACCGGGUCGUAAUCCCGUUUAUAGUCUAAGAGCCUACCUAACUGUAAUAUAGACUCACAUCAAUAUUUAAUAGGUCUGUUUUAAUAAAUACUUUAUGUGAUUUUUAUUGUAAGUCUGUUGAAUAAAAUUUUAAUACAAAAUAAAAUUAAAAAAUAA